AUGGCUGCGGCACUUGGGGGCCUUCUCCCCGGCGUCUGCGCCGUGCUGAUGGUAAUCGCCGUCGCAAGCGCUGCCUCCAGCGAGGCCUCCUCGGUGGUCGUCGGCCUCGCCAAAUGCGCCGACUGCACCAGGAAGAACAUGAAGGCCGAGGCGGCAUUCAAGGGCCUCCGACCAUGUGACAGGCCAUCCGACCUUGUUUGA